AUGCCCAAAAGAAGAAAGGCCAAUGGGAAGAAGGUGGCCCUGGCCCAUACUGUCGUGAAGAAACAGGAGGCUAAAAAGGUGGUCAAUCCUUUGUUUGAGGAAAGGCCCAAGAACUUCAGCAUUGGGCAGGAUAUCCAGCCUCAAAGAGAUCUCACGCGCUUCCUCAAAUGGCCCCACUACAUUAGGCUGCAGCGGCAAAGGGCCAUCCUCUCUAAGUGGCUCGAAGUACCUCCUGCCAUUAACCAGUUCACCCAGGCCUUGGACCAGCAAAUAGCUACGCAGAUGCUUAAGCUUCCCCACAAGUACAGGCCAGAGACAAAGCAGCAGCAGUAG